CAACCAUCAAAGAUACUAUCUGGAAAAUAGAGGUAUGUGAAGUAGUCAUCAUUAGGCAUUUCAAGACAGCUUGGAAUCUAUUCUGUUUCUGCCAUCCAAUUCAGAUAUUUUUCCUCUUGAAUAUUUCUGAACUCAAGCAGGAUGCUGAUUAUCUUUAUUUUGUUCACUGUGAUACAUGUUUCAAGCACAUUAUAUGGACCAAGGCUACUGAUAAGUCAUGUUGGUGGAUCAGUGACAAUCAAAUGCUAUUAUGCACCCACAUCAGUGAAUAGGCAUGACAGAAAAUUUUUGUGCAAGGAAUUGCCACAUAAAAGCUGUCAAACUAUCAUUUCUAGCAGUACUUUCAUUGAUCAAAAUUACAAAGAAAGAGUGUCAAUGUACAACAACCCUCAACAAGGGAUUUUGCAAGUGACAGUAAGAGAGCUGAAAAAGACAGAUUCCAGUUAUUACAGAUGUGGUAUUGGCAAAAUAUAUAAUGGUUUGUAUGCUAGGGUGAAUUUAACAAUUUUAGAAGAUCGGUAUUUACCCAAAUCCCCUCAAAUUGUUUGGGGUAAGCUGACUGGGUCAGUGGAGAUCCAAUGUCCAUCAGAAACUCCCAGGCUGGAAAUGGACAAAAUAUUGUGCAAGAUGAUCCAUACUGAUUGUUCUCCCAUAGUGAAAAAAAGCAACAAUAGAAAGUACAGUCACCGAAUUAUUAUGACCAAUGGAAAUAGCUCAGGAACUUUCAGUGUUACUAUAAAUGAUUUGAAAAGACAAGACUCUGGAGUCUAUGUGUGUGGGACAAGAAUAUUGGACAAGAAUGCAAGUGUGAAAACUAUACAACUGCAAGUUGUGGAAGAAUCAGUUUUCUCUACUAUCUUAAAUGAUACCCAAACUACAUAUGAAUCACAGACUAUACCUUCGUACUGGAAUGUGACAUCUACAAAUGAAGUCUACCAAGAAAGAGUUGCAACGCGGGCUUCACACAAUACCUUCCCUUUGCAACCUAAAAUACUAGAAAUUAAUCAUGCACAAACAAAGGUAUAUUCACAUUGCAGCACCCUAAUCACCCCCACAGUUGGAAGAUCAACAGCAACUGAACUGAGCAGAUCUUCAUACACUGAGCAAAAUCUAUUGGCAAUUGUAAUACCAGUUCCUGUUCUACUUCUACUUUUUGCUGUCAUGGUUAUUUUGGUUCUUGUUAAAAUAAGGCAAAGGAAGACUGCAUUGCUUAACAUUACUUCAAAAAGUCCUGAAGGAGAAAUGCUAUCAACUAGUCAAAAGCAUUCGGAGGAACAUACCCAAAAUGAUAGUAGAAAUUCAGCAGAAGAAGAUGAGGGUGUUCUAAAUUCUGAUGAAGCAAAUGCCACAGUUACUAUCUAUUGUUUAGCCAAUCCUGAAGACUCAAGUAAAAAUGACUGA